CAGACGGAUUAUUCAUUAAGAAAGAACUGCAGAUAUGAGGUCUCUGUUUCUCUGUCUCGUUGCUGUGACCGUAGAAACUCACGGGUUCAAAAACUACACGUUUCCAGCUGACUUCAUGUUUGGUGCAGCAACAGCAUCUUACCAGAUCGAAGGAGCCUGGAAUCUCAGCGGAAAGGGUGUGAAUAUCUGGGACACUUUAACACACGAUAACCCUGAGUUUAUAAUAGAUCGCUCAAAUGGAGACACGGCUGCAAAUUCCUAUUUUAUGUACAAGGAAGACGUUCAACUGCUGAAGCAGAUUGGUGCCGAUUUCUAUAGGUUCUCGGUUUCAUGGGCGCGAAUCCUACCAACCGGACAAAUUAAUAUCGUCAAUCAGGCUGGCAUUGAUUAUUACAACAGACUUAUAAAUGAGUUGUUAGCAAAUGGAAUUAAGCCUAUGGUAACCAUAUUUCACUGGGAUUUACCCCAGAAGCUACAGGACCUCGGAGGAAUGCCAAAUAUAUUAAUAGCAGACAUCUUUACGGAUUACGCUCGUCUGCUGUUUGAAAAUUUUGGAGACAGGGUGAAGUGGUGGAUCACAUUCAACGAACCUGCAGUAUUUGUCACUGGUUACGCCACUGGUAAGGGCUUUGCUCCCAGCGUGAACGCUUCUGGUAUUGGGGACUACAUGUCAGUCCACACCAUAAUUUUGGCGCACGCCAAAACUUACCGCAUGUACGAACGAGAUUUCCGGCCGAAACAGCAAGGAAAAGUUAGCAUAACGCUAAACUCAAGAUGGCAUGAACCCCGAUCAAAUUCCACUGAAGACGUCGAGUCAUCUGAGCGGGCUAUGCAGUUCUAUCUCGGUCUGCAUGCUCACCCCAUCUUCAGCCAGAAAGGGGACUAUCCACGACUGGUAAAGGAAAGGAUCGCGAACAACAGCCUCGCUGAGGGCUUCUUCAGGUCGCGUCUUCCAAAGUUCACUGAACAAGAGAUCGCUUACAUACGAGGGACAUUCGAUUUUUUCGGACUAAAUCACUAUUCGACGUCUUUAACCUCGCCUGGGUUCUCCGGGUCCCAGAUGCCGUCUCUCGAAGGUGAUGUCUCGGUAAGGAGACUGAAUGACCCGAAAUGGAUUGCAACAGGAGGUGAAAGCAGAAAGGUUGUGCCGUGGGGGUUUCGGAAACUACUGAAUUGGAUCAGGAAGGAGUACAACAAUCCACCUGUGUUCAUAACCGAGAACGGUGUCGCGGACAAGGAAGAGUUCGAGGACCUCCUGAGGGUGUACUACCACACUCACUAUAUGUACGAGAUGCUGAAAGCAAUGUUUGACGAUGGCUGCAAUGUGAUCGGAUACAUCGCUUGGAGUCUCAUUGAUAAUUUCGAAUGGACUUCAGGGUACACUGAGAAGUUCGGACUCUUUCACGUAAAUUUUACCGACCCAGGACGAGCCCGCACUGCUAAGGAGUCCUCACGAGUGUUCGCCGAGAUCAUCGAAACACGACAGAUUCCAGCCCGGUACCUCCAGGAUGUCCAGCAGAAUAAAACGCGUAUCAUGCACUUAAUCUGUGCGCCGAAACGUGUCUUUGAAGCGAAGAGAGGGUGUCAGUAUUGUCGCCAAGCAGAGCCAAUCCACGAAUCACACCUCAAGAACUUUAAUCUCUCGUUUCUGACGGCACUAUAUAAGCUGGACACUUCGCCGUCCCAUCGCGAUUUCGACCGAAUCUCUCUUAAGAUGAAGGUUCUAGGGAUCUUUAUCCUCGCCUUUGCGGGAGCUGAGAUCCAAAGGAAUCCCGCCAUAUACCACUUUCCAGAAGGAUUCAAAUUUGGAGUGGCGACGGCUUCCUAUCAAGUGGAGGGGGCGUGGAACGAAGACGGUAAGGGAAUUAACAUCUGGGACUACCAAACGCACAACGAAUCAUAUUUGAUCGCAGAUGGAUCAACUGGUGAUGUUGCUUGUGAUUCCUAUCAUCUCUACGAGAAAGACGUAACUCUGUUGAAAGACCUCGGGGUUGACUUUUACAGAUUCUCUUUCUCGUGGUCAAGACUUCUUCCAAACGGGCAUAUCAACCAUAUAAACAAGGCCGGCAUCGAAUAUUAUAACAAACUUAUAAAUGCUCUGCUAAGAGAAGGGAUAGAGCCAUUGGCUACAAUCUAUCACUGGGAUCUACCACUACCACUCCAGGAACUCGGAGGAUGGCCCAACGAACUUAUGGCGGACUACUACGAAGACUACGCGAAACUUCUGUUCGAAAACUUUGGCGACAGGAUAAAGUUCUGGAUCACAUUCAACGAGCCAUCUGUGUUUACUGCGGGUUACGAGAGUAAGACAUACCACGCACCGAGUAUCGAGGCACCAGGUUUUGGAAAGUACCUGGCCUCACACACUUUACUGAAGGCUCAUGCACGGGCCUACCACCUUUACAACGAAACAUUCAAGGAAAAACAAGGAGGUGAAGUAGGCAUAACGCUUAACAUCGGCUGGUGCGAACCGAAAGAGGACACGGAGGAACACAUAGCAGCCUGCGAGCGACUUCAGCAAUUUGAGAUGGGAUUAUAUGGAAAUCCCAUAUUUUCGGAAGAAGGCGAUUACCCUAAAGUUGUACGGGACAGAGUCGAUGCGAACAGCAAAGCUGAGGGAUUUGAAAGAUCAAGGCUGCCAAAAUUCACUGACGAAGAAAUUAAAUACAUCAGAGGGACAUCAGACUUUUUUGGGCUGAACCAUUACUCAACGUACUUAGGAGUUCCGUCUACUGAAAACACUGCCGAGCCAUCUUACGAAAAUGAUAUCGGAAUAUACCUAGAGCAGGAUGACAGUUGGCCUGAAUCAGCAUCUUCGUGGCUUCGUGUUGUUCCAUGGGGAUUCCGCAAGCAACUAGUCAGUAUAAAAGAGAGAUACAAAAAUCCACGGAUUAUUAUCACAGAAAACGGUUUCUCGGAUCGCGGAGAACUCCAGGACUAUGGACGUAUUCAUUACUACAUUGGCUAUCUUACCGAGAUGCUAAAAGCCAUACAUAAUGAUAGUGUCGACGUUUUUGGAUACACAGCGUGGAGCCUUAUGGACAACUUCGAGUGGAAUCAGGGUUACACGGAGAGAUUUGGACUUCAUUACGUCGACUUCUCACAUCCUGACCGACCCAGAACAAUCAAAGAAUCCGGUAAAGUGUACAAAGAAAUUGUCGAAACAAGACAGAUCCCUGAACGAUAUCAAGAGGAAAAUUCAGAAGAGAAACUGUCAACUUUUUGGUAAGAUUUUUUUUCCAGCUUUUAUCAAAUGUGAUUUAAUGAAAGUACGAAACUCUUAUAUUCAUAUGUAGAAACAUAGACAUAAUAAAAUGUUAGAUUAUAUACAGAA